UUGUAUACUAAAUUUGGCCGCACUGCGUGUGAUAAUUAUUUCUCACAUGAGAUUGGUGCUAACGGGCGACGGUGAGAUAACAAUUAUGGCCCUUCUGGCAACUAGGUUUUGUGAUCACGAUCGAUAAUAUAGCGCUCCCGCUCGCUCCGAUCAGUCAGUAGAAAUUAAACUAGUGAAGCGAGCAGAUCGCACUGUGAAUAGUCCCGCAGAAAAGCAAUAAAGUCAAGUUUAAGUUGUUCAAAGUUGUUCAAGUGUAAUUCGUAUGUGCUGUAAUAAACCAACUUACCUGUUUAACCUGGAAGAGACUUUAUUACUUACCUGUGCUGCAGUGAUCCGAAGUACUUACCUGUGUGAAGUUCUCUGUUGACCUGAAAGGUAAAAUUACUUGCCCGAUUGUGUGAAUCCACUACUGGUACAUCUUACCAAGCGAUUUUCUGCUGCUGGCUGCUGCUUUUCGGUGUACCGUGAGCAUACCUGUGGAACGGCGAAUAGGGUAAUGUACCUAUUGCUGCUUGUGCCGUUCGGAGAAAUUCUGGUGGCAAAAGAAGAUAAUCACAACGUAGGGUAAGCGACAUCAUAAAUUGGUGCCGUGACCAGGAUUUUUCGUUACUCGGACCGUUUGUUCUUGACGUCGCCAUUUUGGACGCUGGUUUGAAAGCUAUACUCCAAGUUUUUGGAUCCCGAUUGCUGAUAAUUCAUUAUACAAGGCUCAAUUUAUUGGGCAUCAGGUAAAGAGCUGUCCAAUGCACUCCGCGGGUAUCACAGGUGCCCUUUAGAUGCUUUCUUUUUUCUUUGCAUGCUUUAACAAUACGAAUUGUUCCUGAUUCGGCCAUUGCUACUAUUCAUUGCGGAGCUUGGCUUGCUUCGAAGCGCCAUUUUGCUGUUGAACAAUUGGACCAUUGUUACCCGUGGCGUCCCAAGCUGCGGCGUGAAUCACUCCAGUUACACGUGGCCUGUUUUCUAUUGUUGCUGUGGUGUACCUGUUUGUUGGCCAUUCCAGUUACCAUCGGACGAUUUUGGGAGCUAUUUCUGCCUUUAUGGUUUUGUGCUCAUUCCUGCUUGAGUGUUGCGCGUGAUUCGGCAGUUUCGGAGGAUUUUGGCUCGGUUGGUGUUGCGGCAGGUUCCAGUUGGCUGUAUAUAAUACAAGGCAUUGCUUGCCUUGGAACAGUAUUCAACGUUCUGCUUCAUACAAUGGCGGAGGAGCAUUCCAGAAACCAGCUGCUUCACCGACGAGAAACUCUUCUGGCUGCUCUGGGUCGGGCAGAGGAUUUUGAUGCAGCAUACGAUGCACAUCGUGAUCAGGGUCAGGUAUCAUUGAGGCUGGAAUACCUGAACGGAGUAUGGAGCAACCUCGAGUCGGUACAGGCACAGCUUGAGGACAUCGAGAUUACCGAUGAAGGUAGGACAGAGCAUGCAGCUGUUCGAGCUGAAUUUGAACCACGUCUGUUUACAAUAAAGGCAAGUCUUAUGUCAAAACUUUCUCCUAUUCCUAAUGAUCGUAGCCCUGUACCCCCUCACGUUUCUUCCACUCUCUCUGGUAUCAAGUUGCCAACGAUUUCUUUGCCCGAAUUCGAUGGAGAUUAUAUGCAAUGGCUUGCAUUCCACGAUACAUUCUUGGCGCUUAUCCAUUCUAAUCCGGAUGUCCCGGAUAUUCAGAAAUUUCAUUAUCUGCGGGCGGCUAUCAAGGGCGAAGCUGCUCAAUUGAUUGAAUCCAUUGGAAUUAGUUCUGCCAACUACCUGCUAGCUUGGCAAACAUUGGAAAAUCGAUAUUCGAAUGAUUACCUUUUACGGAAACGUCAUCUUCAGGCACUCUUCGACAUCCCACGCAUGAAGAAGGAGUCCGCUGCCUCGUUACACGGGCUGGUUGAUGAGUUCGAGCGGCAUACAAAGAUUUUGCAUCAACUGGGAGAGCCUACCGAUACUUGGAGCAGCAUUCUGGAGCAUCUACUGUGUAUGCGCUUACACGACGACACGUUGAAGGCGUGGGAGGAUCAUGCGUCGACCGUAGCGAACCCGGACUACGCCUGCAUCAUUGAUUUCCUGCAACGAAGAACUCGGGUGCUGGAAUCAAUCUCCGUCAACCACCACUCAACAGAUUCAGCUUCAAGUUCUGGCAGUUCAUCUCAUACACUAAAAAGGAACCAUUUCCAUUCACAGUUUCGCCUUACUUCGUGUGCCUCUACUGCUGGUUCUGGGGAAAAGUGCAUUGCUUGUAGCCAAUCGCAUUCCUUAGUGAAAUGCCAGAAAUUUAUUCGUUUAUCAACAAAUGAACGUCAACAGUUUGUCAUUUCGAAACGCUUAUGCCACAACUGCUUGAAAAUUGGUCAUUUUGUUCGCAAUUGUCCCUCCAAAUUCAGCUGUCGUAAGUGCAACAGUCGUCAUCACACGCUUCUGCAUUUCGGUCAGCCAGACAGUUCUCCAAGAAGCAAUAGGGAAGGAAUUUCGUCUAGCGCAAGUGCUACCGCCUCUGGUACGCCAUCUAGUGGGCCUUCUACGAGUGAAUUGUCUACACAGUUAACUGUUGCCGCUACUGAAGAUACACCAGUGAUCGAAGUCAGUUCUACUCUUCAGUAUCCCCGAGAAGAUGUCUUUCUGCUUACCGUCGUCGUUAAGGUCGUUGACGCUUUCGGUGUUGAACAUCUAGCUCGUGCGCUUUUGGAUAGUGCGUCUCAGCCGAAUCUCAUCACGAAUCGUAUGACACAAAUUCUGCGUUUACGGAGACAGCAUGUGAACAUCACCGUUCAGGGAGCUGGUAAGCUGUCCAAACCAGUACGUGAAUCGGUUUUCGCUCAAGUAUUUUCAAGAAAGGGAGACUUCUCGUGUGGUGUGAAUUUCCUAGUGAUGGAAAAUGUUACGGCCAAUCUCCCUUCGCAAAAUAUCUCGACCGAGGGAUGGAAGAUACCGAAGGAACUGUUUCUAGCAGACCCCGCUUUCAACAAAAGUCAACCAAUCGAUAUGGUUCUGGGUGCUCGACACUUCUAUUCAUUCUUUCCCAGCGCUGCACGCAUUCAGCUUGACAGUAACCUUCCGCUUUUGGUUGACAGUGUCUUUGGCUGGAUCAUUGCGGGUUCUGCUAACUCGUAUUCCAACGAUCGGAUUACUACUUCAUCCACUUCGUGCGAUGCAGCCGUUGUUUCAAUGAUUUCACUGGAAGAUUGUCUGGAAAAGUUUUGGAAGACCGAAGAACUGGCAAACAACGAUAGUUAUUCAGUAGAAGAACGGCAUUGCGAGUCAUUGUAUCAGUCUACCGUAUCUAGGAACCCCGAAGGCCGGUAUGUAGUUCGCUACCCACGGAAACCCGAUUUCGAUGGAAUGUUAGGCGAAUCCCGAAGCAACGCUCAACGACGUUUCGAGUACCUGGAAAAGCGUUUGGAACGAAAUCCGCAUCUAAGAGACGAUUAUCAUCAGUUUAUGCGAGAGUAUCUCGCCCUCGGCCACAUGCGACUGGUCGUAAAGGACGACGAACGAAACUCUCAAGUCUACUAUUUACCUCACCAUCCCGUAAUUAAGGAAGAAAGUUCUACGACUAAGCUCAGAGUCGUGUUUGACGGAUCUGCGAAGACUUCUACCGGCUUCUCUCUCAACGAAGCUCUUUGCGUCGGCCCUGUGGUGCAGGAAGAUUUGCUGAACAUCAUCUUGCGGUUUCGAACUUUUCCUAUCGCUCUCGUCGGAGAUAUUGCUAAAAUGUACAGACAGGUACUGGUACAUUCGGACGACACUCCGCUGCAGCGUAUUUUGUGGCGAUUCUCAAAACAGUGUCCAGUACAGACUUACGAACUCCUGACUGUUACCUACGGCUUAGGACCAUCCUCGUUCCUAGCAACCCGGACUCUUCACCAGUUGGCAGAUGAUGAAGGUGACCAACAUUCUGUUGGAAGCCAGGCAUUAAGCAAAGGUUUCUACGUUGACGAUUUCAUCGGUGGAGCUGAAACUGUUGAAGAAGCUAUUCUUCUACGAUCAGAAUUGAAUGAUUUAUUGCAAAAGGGAGGAUUCGAAAUUCGGAAAUGGACAUCUAACCGGCUAGAAGUCCUGAAAGGUCUCAACGAUGACCAGAUUGGCACGCAAUCCACAUUGCACUUUAGACCCCACGAAACCAUCAAAGCGCUUGGAAUAAGUUGGGAGCCUGAAGCAGAUUGCCUUCGCUUUGAUUCGCAGAUUCGAACAAAUCCUGUUCCACCAACUAAAAGGUCUAUUCUUUCAGACAUCGCCAAGUUGUUUGAUCCUCUCGGACUCAUCGCACCCGUCAUUGUAAGGGCAAAGAUCUUAAUGCAAGAGCUAUGGUUGCUGUCCUGUGGUUGGGAUGAUCCAGUUCCUGAACCAAUAAAAUCAAAAUGGGAAAAUUACCACCGAGAAUUGACAAAAAUAAGCAAACAUCGGAUCGACAGAUUUGCACUACUUCCCGGUUCCGAUAUUCAAUUGCAUACGUUCGCAGAUGCUUCCUAA